GAGGACAAAAAAUGUUUCAUAUGUGAUUCGGAGGAUCCCUUCCACGAUACUCUCAAUCCCGACAGCCAUCGCAUUGAAAAUGUUGUCACCACGUUCGACCCAAACCGCCUGAAGCUCUGGUGGCAGUCGGAAAAUGGUUUGGAAAAUGUGACUAUCCAGCUGGACCUGGAGGCUGAGUUUCAUUUCACUCAUCUCAUUAUGACCUUCAAGACAUUCCGUCCUGCUGCAAUGUUGAUUGAAAGAUCAUCUGACUUUGGACAGACCUGGCACGUUUACAGGUAUUUUGCAUACGACUGUGAGAGCUCCUUUCCUGGGAUUUCAACUGGACCCAUGAAGAAAGUGGAUGAUAUAAUCUGUGAUUCCCGAUACUCUGACAUUGAACCUUCAACAGAGGGAGAGGUAAUAUAUCGUGUUCUAGAUCCUGCUUUUCGGAUUGAAGAUCCGUACAGUCCAAGGAUUCAGAACCUAUUGAAGAUCACAAACCUGAGAGUCAAAUUUGUCAAGCUGCACACUCUGGGAGACAACCUGUUGGACUCCAGGAUGGAGAUCCGAGAGAAGUACUACUAUGCCAUCUACGACAUGGUGGUUCGCGGGAACUGCUUCUGCUACGGGCACGCCAGCGAGUGCGCGCCCGUGGAGGGCUUGGAUGAGGAGGUGGAAGGAAUGGUUCAUGGUCACUGCAUGUGCAGACAUAAUACCAAAGGAUUAAACUGUGAGCAGUGUAUGGAUUUCUACCAUGAUCUACCCUGGCGCCCUGCUGAAGGUCGCAAUAGUAAUGCAUGCAAAAAGUGCAACUGCAAUGGCCACUCCAGCCAGUGCCACUUUGACAUGGCAGUGUACAUGACAACGGGGAACACCAGCGGGGGGGUGUGUGACGACUGCCAGCACAACACUGUGGGCCGCAACUGCGAGCAGUGCAAGCCCUUCUACUUCCAGCACCCCGAGAGAGACCUGCGGGACCCCGACGUCUGCGAGCCUUGCAACUGUGACCCAGCUGGCUCCCAGAAUGGUGGGAUCUGUGACCGCUACACCGAUUUCUCCACCGGCCUCAUUGCCGGACAGUGCCGUUGUAAAUUAUUUGUCGAGGGGGAGCGUUGUGACCUCUGCAAAGAAGGUUUCUAUGGCCUGAGUGCCGAUGACCCAGCGGGCUGUCAGUCUUGUGCCUGUAAUCCUCUGGGUACCCACCCCGGGGGCAAUCCUUGUGAUCCGGAGACAGGAAACUGCUAUUGUAAGCGUCUGGUGACAGGAAAGCAGUGCAAUCAAUGUCUGCCCGAGCACUGGGGCCUGAGCAAUGACAUGGAUGGGUGCCGGCCGUGCGACUGCGACCAGGGCGGAGCGCUGAACAACAACUGCUCAAGUGAAUCUGGCCAAUGCGAAUGCCGGCCCCACAUGUUUGGACGUCAGUGCAACCAGGUGGAGCCUGGCUAUUACUUCAUUUCGCUGGAUCAUUACAUCUACGAGGCAGAGGAAGCCAACUUGGGCCCUGGAGUGAACAUAAUAGAGCGCCAAUACACUCCAGACCGCACGCCGUCAUGGACAGGCAUAGGAUUUGUGAGAGUCCCUGAGGGGGGACACCUGGAAUUCUACAUUGACAACAUCCCCUACUCCAUGGAGUAUGAUGUUGUGAUCCGCUACGAGCCUCAGUUGCCUGAUCAGUGGGAAAAAGCUGUGAUCAGUGUCACACGCCCAGGCAAGAUUCCCACAGGCAGUCGGUGUGGCAACACAGUUCCUGAUGACGAUAAUCAAGUGGUCUCACUGUCACCUGGAUCCAGAUACGUUGUUCUCCCGCGGCCCGUGUGCUUCGAGAAGGGGCUGAACUACACCAUCCGCCUGGAGCUGUCCCAGUACUCCUCGGUGGACACGGAGACUGAGAACCCCUACACACUCAUUGACUCUCUUGUUCUCAUGCCAUACUGCAAAUCGCUGGACAUAUUCACAGUGGGAGGCUCGGGCGAAGACGUGGUCACGAACAGCGCUUGGGAAACUUUCCAAAGAUACCGGUGUUUGGAAAACAGCAGGAGUGUUGUGAAAACUCCCAUGACAGAUGUCUGCAAGAACAUAAUAUUCAGCAUUUCUGCACUACUGCAUGAGACUGCCUUAUCAUGCCAGUGUGACCCACAGGGCUCCCUGAGUUCGGUGUGUGACCCCAAUGGAGGACAGUGCCAGUGUCGUCCCAACGUUGUUGGAAGGCAGUGUGACAGAUGUGCCCCUGGCACCUUCGGGUUCGGGCCGAGUGGAUGCCGACCAUGUGAGUGCCACGCCCGAGGCUCUUACAACGCCUUCUGCGAUGUGGAGACGGGCCAGUGCCACUGCUUCCCCGGGGUGUACGGGCGGCAGUGCGACCGCUGCCUGCCCAGCUUCUGGGGCUUCCCCAGCUGCCAGCCCUGCCACUGCAAUGGCCACGCUGACGACUGCAACCCCUACACCGGGGAGUGCCUCAGCUGCCGGGACCACACAGCCGGACACAACUGUGAGAGGUGCCAGGCUGGCUACUAUGGAGACCCCAUCCUGGGAUCAGGUGACCACUGCCGGCCCUGCCCUUGCCCUGAUGGCCCCGAGAGCGGACGCCAGUUUGCCAGUGGCUGUUACCAGGAUCCAGUCACACUGCAAGUCGUGUGUGUCUGUAGCGUGGGAUACAUAGGCAGUCGCUGUGAUGAAUGUGCGUCUGGCUUCUUUGGGAGCCCCGAUGAGGUCGGUGGCGCCUGCCAGCCAUGCCAGUGCAACAACAACAUUGACACCACUGACCCCGAGGCCUGCGACAAGCGGAGCGGGGCAUGCAUGAAGUGCCUCUAUCACACUGAGGGGGAGAACUGCCACCUCUGCAGAGAGGGCUACUACGGGAGCGCCCUGCAGCAGGACUGCAGAAAGUGCGUCUGCAACUACCUGGGCACGGUGCGGGAGGACUGCGAGGACUCGGAGAGCUGUCGCUUUCACAGGGCAGUGCCACUGCAUGCCGGGUUUUGGAGGCCGGACCUGCCGGGAGUGCCAGGAGCUCUUCUGGGGUGACCCAAGCGUGGAGUGCUUAGCAUGUGACUGCAACCCUCGUGGCAUCCAGACCCCGCAGUGUGACCGUGCCACAGGGCAGUGCAUCUGCAAUGAGGGGGUGGAAGGGCUGCACUGUGACAAGUGCUCCAGGGGCUACUCUGGUGUCUUCCCUGACUGCGUGCCCUGCCACCAGUGCUUUGCCCUCUGGGAUGUGAUCAUCAGCGAGCUGGCUAAUAGGACCCAGCAGUUCUUGGACAGGGCUAAUACCCUCAAAAUCACUGGAGUCACUGGCCCAUACCAGCAGACACUCAACACACUGGAGGAGAAGCUCAGUGAAAUUAAAACCAUCAUCGCUCAAAAUCCAGCAGCCGAGCCCUUGAAGAACAUUGGGAAUCUCUUCGAGGAAGCAGAAAAGCUGACAGCAGAUGUUACAGUUAAGAUAGCUGAUAUAGAAGAAAACCUAUCAGCCUUAUCAGCAAAGAGCAAUAGCACAGACACAGACCUGAGUGCACUGGAGACAGAUGCCAAAAGUCUGGACCACGUCGUGAAAGAGCUUGCAGAGCAGCUAGAGUUCAUCAAGAUCUCUGAUGUUCGGGGAGCCUUGGACAGUAUCACCAAGUAUUUCCAGAUGUCCCAGGAGGCAGAGGAGAGGGUCAAUGCCUCCACCGUUGAUCCCGACAGCGCCGUGGAGCUGUCAGCGCGGACGCGGCAGGAAGUGCAGGACUUGAUCAACGAGAAGGAGGCCCAGUUCAAGGCUAACCAAGAGGAGCAGUCGCGCCUUCUGGAUGAACUCGCUGGGAAGCUGCAGAGCCUGGAUCUCUCUGAGGUGGCUGAGAAGACGUGUGGCAGUGCCCCGGGAGCCUCGUGUGCCGAGUCCGAGUGCGGGGGGCUGAGCUGUCGGACAGACGAGGGCAAGAAGAAGUGUGGAGGCCCCGGCUGUGACGGGCUGGUGACCGUGGCUCACAAUGCCUGGCAGAAGGCUAUGGAUUUUGACAGAGACAUCCUCAGUGCAUUAGCAGAAGUUGAGCAACUCUCCAGAAUGGUUUCUGAGGCAAAACAGAGAGCAGAUGAAGCAAAACAAAAUGCACAAGCAGUUUUGCUUAAAACCAAUGCUACGAAAGAACAAGUGGACAGAAGCAAUGAAGAUCUGAGAAAUCUUAUUAAACAGAUUAGAGACUUCCUAAUGCAAGACAGUGCUGACCUGGAUAGCAUUGAGGCAGUGGCUAAUGAAGUGCUGAGCAUGGAGAUGCCAAGCACUCCCCAGCAGCUGCAGGCCCUGACAGAAGAUAUUCGUGAGCGUGUAGAAAGCCUUUCUGAUGUUGAGGUCAUUCUGCAGCAGAGUGCUGGAGACAUUGCCAGGGCAGAAAUGCUACUGGAGGAAGCUAAAAGAGCAAGCAAAGGGGCAACAGAUGUUAAAGUCACUGCAGACAUGGUGAAAGCAGCACUGGAAGAAGCUGAAAAAGCUCAAAAUGCAGCUGAAAAAGCCAUCAAACAAGCUGAUGAAGAUAUUAAAGGAACUCAAGACUUGCUGACUUCGAUUGAAUCUGAAAAUGCAGCAUCUGCAGAAACACUGAACAAUGCUACCUUACGUCUGUUUGAGCUAGAGAAGAGUGUUGAAGACCUUAGGCAAAAGGCUGCUACAAAUUCAGGGACUGUGGGAAAUAUAGAAGACAAAAUUAAUAGUGCAAAACAAAAUGCUGAAGAAGUUCAAAAGGUGCUCAGCAGCGAGCUCAGCGGCAAAUACAGGACCGUGGAGGAGCUCAUUGCCAGGAAGACAGAGGAGUCGGCCGAGGCCAGGAGGAAAGCAGGCGUGCUGCAAGAUGAAGCUAAAGCCUUGUUGGCUCAAGCAAACAGCAAACUCCAGCUGCUGAAAGAUUUGGAAAAUACAUAUGAAAACAAUCAGAAAGUUCUGGAAGACAAAGCCAAGCAGUUGGUGGAGCUGGAGGAGACAGUUCGCUCCCUCUUACAGACAAUCAGCCAGAAGGUUGCUGUUUACAGCACUUGCCUGUAAACAGGAGGGGGAAGUGCUUGUGUUCAGGAUGGGUUUUACAAGUAUUAUACUAGUUCUUUUUGACAUUACAUUAAAGACCUGAAAAGGUGAACAGGUUUUAUAAUGACUUUAAAGCCACAGAACCAAAGAAAAGUAACUUUUUGAUGUUGAAAAUAAACAGUACUUUUGUAUCACUGUAUGUACCUAGUAUGACUCAUUAAGUUCCAGCCUAUUUUCAGGAGCUGCAAUGGUACACCAAUUAAUCCUUUAGCAAGUCUUGUUCUUACAUUGGUUAGAGAUCUAAUAAAAUCUUGACUUGAGCUGUGUAA